AACCCUAAAUCCCCAAAAUUUUCAUCUCUCUGCGUUUCUCCUAUCGGAUCUCGCCACACCAGAUCGCGGAAUCUCAUCCUCCUUUUUAUCAUCUGUUUCCCCCCUUGAUUUCCGACAGGAUCUGUUGGAACCUGUAAGGAUUCCGGUCGGAGAAGGUCCACGGGACGUUUCUGGUUCUGGUUUUUUGGGAUCUCCGACGGAAUUUCCGGGCUGUCCGAUUUGUCGAAGUGGAGGGGGACGUGUCUCGGAUCUUUUGUCUAUCUGUUACUUAGUUCGCAUCCUAGCUGGACUUCCACCUCAUGUCAUGGGAGCUGCGUGAGUAAAACGAUCUCGUAAACAAUGGGCACAGUCGAGGAAAGCACGCCUUCUAAGCCUUCGAAACCAGCAUCUUCAACUCAGGAACUACCUUCCACGCCAUAUCCAGACUGGUCAAGCUCAAUGCAGGCUUACUAUGGUGCUGGAGGUACUCCGGCUCCUUUUUUCCCAUCGCCAGUCGCAUCUCCAUACCCCUACAUGUGGGGUGCCCAGCAUCAUAUGAUGUCGCCUUAUGGGACUCCGGUUCCUUACCCAGCUUUAUAUCCUCCCGGGGGAGGGUAUGCACAUCCUACUAUGCCGAUGGCUCUUAACUCAGCUCCAGCCAACGCAGAGAGUGCGAAGGAUCAAGCUUCUGCCAAGAAAACAAAGGGGAACACAAGAGGAAAGGGUGAAGGAAGUGAGAAGGUGGCUUCUGGUUCAGACAAUGAUGAUGUCUCCCAAAGUGAUGAUAGUGCAACAGAGGGCUCAUCUGAGGGAAACAAUGAGAACCUCAACAAACAGGAGCAAGGUUCCAGUAGAAAGGGAAGCUUUGAACAGAUGCUGGCUGACGCAGCCAGUUCUCAGAAUAAAACUACUGGUGCAGUCCAAGGUUCAUUGCCCAUGAAGCCGGUAGCCCCAGCAACUAACCUGAAUAUGGGGAUGGAGUUAUGGUCUUCUGGUGCUGGAGGAGCUGCAAAGAUGAGACCAAAUACUCCCGGUGCCAAUGUUCCUGCACCCGAGCAAUGGAUAGAUGAACGGGAACUAAAGAGACAGAAACGGAAGCAAUCUAACCGCGAAUCUGCGAGGAAAUCAAGAUUACGAAAGCAGGCGGAGUGUGAACAGCUUCAACAGAGAGUGGAGAGCCUGGCCAAUGAGAACCAUGGCCUGAGAGAAGAGCUUCAAAGGCUCUCCGAGGAAUGUGAGAAGCUUAAGACAGAGAAUAACUCUAUCAAGGCUAGUAUAGAGAAGACUGCCAUGUCUGGUGGUGGCACUAAAGAAGGCAAAGCAAACGGUUUGAGUUGAGAGUAAUGGAGGAUGACACAAACAUGAACGAGGUGAUGUGUCUGAGGCCGAUUUCCAGAAUCCAUGAGACGGGAACAGGUGACAGAUGAAAUAUCGGACCGAGAAAUAAGUUUGUCCGAAAUUUACGUGUCAAUAUUUUGAAUGUAUAUAAGCCCAGUAGAAGAAGUUGGGCCCAUUGGCAUAUUUUUAUAGAGGGUCCACUGAAAAUCUUUAUCAAUCGAUCCGUCGGAUUCGAAGCCGAUCAGUAACAAGGCUAUUUUCGUCUUU